CUGAAACUGGUUUAUUAACCAGUCAUGAUGCAGUCACAAGUAAUACGGAUAUAUCAUCUCUGUUACAGUCUGACAAUUUUCCCGGUAGUAGUGGUUUGUUUGUAACUGCUGUUUCUGAAGAAAGCUCAGUUUAUCAAGGAAUGCAGUCUAGAGGAACACUCUGGAACAUUUCUUCUGACUUAUUGACGGGAGUUGUAUCAUCAUCAUCAUCAUCACCUUUGGCUCCCACUCACAUUCUAGAAAAGGAGACAAGUAUUUUCCCAGGGGCUACAAGGUCACACAAAGUAAAUAUCUCAAUGGAAACUUUUGUGUCUGGAAACAUGGAUACCUCAUCAGUGAUAAUGCAGACGUGGUUGCUUUCGUCUCUUGUCAUGUCCUCAACACCAAAUUUAACUGAAAAUUCCGCACAAGCCACUGUAUCUGUCCCUCCCAGUGAAACGUUGGCACAAGCUGAAACUGUGUUUACCUCUUUGUAUGUCUCGCAUACCAGUGUGGGUGUGGGGACUUCAGUGCUACCAAGUCCUACUGGAUUCUUAACGGAUAGUUUGUUUUUAAGUGAGACAGUCUCUGUGCCUACAUUACAUCCAUAUAGCUCCACAGUCAGCACUGGCCAUUUGUCUACAUCGUCUGAACUCAGCACCAUGUUGUUGCCAUCCUAUUUUGACUCUUCAUUGCAGACACUUGGUCUAUUCCCAACAAAAUUACCUGAUUUUUCGUCAUUAGGUGAAUCUACUAUAAAUGUGUCACAGACAUCUGGUUUGUUUCAAACAACAUUACCUGAUUCCACAUCUAUGGUUGAAUCUACGGUAAAUAUGUCUCAAACACCUGGCCUUUACCCAACAUUACCUGCCUUCUCAUCUGUGAGCGAAUCCACUGUAAAAGUGUCGCAGACACCUGAUCUGUACCCAACAACAUUACCUGACUUAACGUCUGUGGAUGAAUCUACUUUAGAUAUGUCUCAAACACCUGGCCUUUACCCAACAUUACCUGCCUUCUCAUCUGUGAGCAAAUCCACUGUAAAUGUGUGGCAGUCACCUGAUCUGUACCCAACAACAUUACCUGUCUUCUCGUCGAUGGGUGAAUCUAUAGUAAAUAUGUCUCAAACAUCUGACCUUUAUCCAACAUUACCUGCUUUUUCAUCUGUGAGCAAAUCCACUAUAAAUGUGUGGCAGUCACCUGAUCUGUACUCAACAACAUUACCUGUCUUCUCGUCGAUGGGUGAAUCUACUGUAAACAUGUCGCAGACACCUGGUCUAUACCCAACAACAUUACCUGCCCUCUCAUCUAUGAGUGAAUCCACUGUAAAAGUGUCGCAGACACCUGAUCUGUACCCAGCAAAAUUAUCCAACUUCUCAUCUAUGAUUGGAGCUACAUUAAAUAUGUCGCAGACACCUGGUCUGUUUCCAACAACAUUAUCUGACUUCUCGUCUAUGAUUGGAGCUACAUUAAAUAUGUCGCAGACACCUGGUCUGUUUCCAACAACAUUAUCUGACUUCUCGUCUAUGAGUGAAGCUACUGUAAGUGUGUCGCAGACACCUGAUCUCAUUCCAGCAACAUUACCUGUCUUCUCGUCUUUGAGUGAAUCUAUUGUAAAUGUGUCACAGACACCUGAUCUGUUUUCAACAACAUUACUUUACUCCUCACCUGUGAGUGAAUCUACUGCAAAUGUCUCACAGACACCUGGUCUGUUCCCGACAAAAUUACCUGACUUCUCAUCUGUGGGUAAACCUACUGUAAAUGUGUCUCAGACACGUGGUUUGUUUCCAACAACGGUAUCUGACUUUUCCUUGCUGGAUAAAUCUACUGCAAACAUGUCACAAACACCUGAUCUGUUUCCAACGAAAUUACCCGACUUCUCAUCUAUGGGUGAACCUACUGUAAUUGUCUCACCUGCGCAAGUGUCUACUACAGAUCCUGGUCUUGUCUUGUCUAGUCUGUCUCCAAAUGUCUCUGAUGAAAGCCAAGUGUUCCCAACUGUGUCUGUUGCAACUGCCAUUCAGUCUCAGCAAUUGAUCCCAACAGAGUCUAUGUCUUUUACAUGGAUGACUUAUCAAACACCUACGGUGUCUACACAAAUGCUAACCAACAUGGAGAGUGAGCUUAUGUCCACAGUGGCAGAAAGCAGCCAAGCUACUGAAACUCUGAUAUCUGCUAAUUUAACUGUAAAUAUGUCGAGAACAGAGGUCUAUGAGUCAGAGAUACCAAGCUCAGGUGUAUUUCCAGCAAGCACUGGGGUGAGUUCUUCAUUGGACACCUUGCCCUCAAAUACUCUGCUUUCUCCGUCCACAGACUUCUCAACGGCAUUCCCUGUCUUUCCAGUAGAUUCCUCAGUGUAUUUGAGUAAAGACAGUGAAUCAUCAACUUUAUUAUCCACAGCAAUCACUGAGACAUUAGAAACAUCGCAGUCUGUAGAAACAUUUGUCAGCACCGCUACUGAAGAGCCAGUCAGUGACUCAAUGCUCAAAACAAUUCCAUUUUCCUCCGCAAUAAUUGAGACCAGUCUUUCAUCUCCGCCAGCUUCUUCACUGUUCACUGAAACUGUGCAAACUGUACCAUUGUCUUCAGUAAUCAUAAGGACAACUUUUGUAACAGAGACUACAUUCGUUACAGAAGUGGUUUCAUCUGUAGUCACGGAGACAACAACUGAAACUGUACCGUUGUCCUCAAUGCUCCUGCCUAGUGAAACCACUUUGGAGACACCAGAUGUAUCAUCUGUUAUGAUGAGUCAAAGGCCAACAGUCACAGUGCCAAUUUCUUCAGUUAUUAGUGAGAGAGAGACAGCAAGUGUUUCUGAUGUGACCAGUCAAUCAGCAAUAGAAACAAGACCAGUAUCAGAAGUUAUCAUUGAAUCAACAAUAGUAACAGCAUCAGAAAUGACUGGUGAAUCUUCAUUGUACACAGCACCGAUUUCAGAAGUGAUAAUUAAAUCAUCGAUCGACACAUUGCCGAUUUCUACCGAGGUCACUGAGUCAACAGUGGAAUCAGUAUCAUCUAUAUCUGAAGUGGUCAGUGAGACUGUGUUGGAUACAGUAACUGCAUCAUCCCUGGACGUAGAGACUCAGAUCAGGACAACAGAACCCGUCUCUAUGUUGACCACUGUAGCAUCUGUGCAAACGACACCACUCUUUUCAGCGUUAUCGGACACUGUGGAUAUAGCACCAGUUAAGACAUCCUCAGUGUUUAGUGACACUGUGACGCCGACUUCAUCAACACCAGAUGUGACCUCUUCAGUCAGUGAGACGACUUCAUCUUCCAGCUCACCAGCAGUGACAGCACCGACUGUAGAACCGACCCUGAACAUGAGUGAAGCCUUGAAACAUGUCUGGGUUGUUACUGUUAUCAAGGUGCCAAGAACGGAGGACGUCAGCACCAAAUCUUUUGAGGACAAGAUGGAGUCCCGUCUAGCUGUGACGUACAGGCAAGCCUUCACCAGGGCUGAAGAGAUUCUGAAUGGGACCUACGUACCACUGAGACGUCGACGCAAGCGCUACGCACAGGCAGGGGACAUACAGCUACAGAUGAUAAAUGUGGAGCGAGCAGAUACAGGGAACAAUGUAGACAUGGUGUAUUACUUGGAGAAAGGGGGACAGACUGUACCUGCUGAGAGUGCCGUCAGUGCGCUGCAUCUAUUCAGUGAUCAGGAGUUAGCCUUGCAGCUGAGAUAUGUUGUGGAAACCAAUGCAAAAGAGUUUGUACCAGAACCGGUGCCUGUUCAGGAAUCACCACAAUACUGGAUCAUUGGUGCUGUACUGGGCUCUGUCGCUGGUGCAGUUCUCAUCGUGUGGUGCACACUCUGUAUAUAUUUCCGGUGCUGCCGGUCACCGCCCAUCAAAGAUGUGGAGGAUGAGGGAGAACCUCACCUGGUGGGGCUAAAGGAUAAGGACUUUGAGGCCAGUCACCCCGAGGCUAACUAUGUCCAUGAGAUGAUCGAGAAGGCGCGGAGUAAUGGGAUGGCGCGUCAGACAGCCCCUGUCACUCGCAUGGAGAAUGCAGAUCCAGUUUACGCCCAAGUACGCAAACCAAAGAAACGGCUGCAGGCCUCCAAACCACAUCGCCAGGGGUAUUACGCAGAGGAGGAGGAUGGGUCUGUGCUGGAGGAUUCCACUCAGUAUGUGAGCGAUGGAGAGGAGGAUAGCUCCAGGACACAAGUACACCCUCCCAAGAGGAAACCACAUACCAGGAGACGCUCACCAGGUGAGAGGAAGAGAGAGUCCACAGAAGUGGAUGAGGUCCCCUCAGAGCAGAGCACCAGGACCUCCAUACAUUACCUAAAGAUGGCCCCUGUAGAGAAACCAGCAGGCACGUCUCUAAAUGGCAGACUCCCCAAUGAGACGGACAGUGAUCUACAGCAAAAGUUAGAGUUGGACCGGUGGAAAAACAAGCAGAGGCAAAGAGAGAAAAGAAGAACAUCUUCCGGUGCCAAGGAACACCGGGGACGUGUUGAUCCAGGGGAGAGAACUCAUCAUCAGUCUGGGAUAUCCUCAUCAUCAAGGGAGCCUGCAUCCAGUGUACAGGGCUUUGUGAAUGGUGCUUACUCCGAGUCAGAGCCUGAGGCCGACAGACAUCCACAAGAAACACUGGACCAAGCUCGUCAGCGCAUGCAUAAGCUCCUGGACGAUGCGUUUUCAUUGGUCACGCCUGUGGUUCAGGCCAAUCAACAGCUUUUUUGGAUGAAACAGAAGAGGAACAAGAUCUCUCCACGGCUGGAGCCCCUGCAGGAUGAAGUGAACACCCAAGAUUCCCGAACCCGCCCUAAACCCGUGGGUAGACCCAAACCUCAGGCCCGACGCAGACCCAGUGCUGAAGAUGAACUGAAGGAGCUGAAAAAACAUUUAUAUGAAAAUCACACCUCCCCUCCACCUAAACCUACACCUCGUAAAUCCACAGAGAAAAAACACACCCCUUUAAUAAUAGAUCCUGGCAAACGAUUGAAAAAUGCCAACAAGUUGUCAUGGAAUCCAUACAGAGCUGGUGAUGAGACAGCAGACCUGGCCCUGCCUCAGGAAGAGGAGAUAAAACCAACGACUGCGUCUUCCAGUCCUUUCCUGGGUCGUUUCCAAACCACAACCUUCAAAGAGAAGAAACCUGUGUCUGUGUCGGGACACCUGGGCUCUGCCGAGACCAAUUACCCCCAGGGUAUCAUGACAACGGAGGAGCCCCAGCCAAUCAUCAUCACCACGCGGCGUGAUGCCUGGAGUGACACACACUAUGCCGACUCACCCAUCUCAGAGAAAUAUGAAUUCCUACCCAAAGACACUUCGACAUUAGCCACAUCUCCCAGGUCCACUGCUCCUCAGAUCACGUCCAAAUAUGCGGCGAUGAUGCGUGACAUGGACACAGACAAUACAGAGAGGAAGUCAUCUCCACGCAGUCGACGAGAAAGUCGGGAGCAUCGGGACGGGAUCGAGAUGGAGUCUUUAGGCAGCGCCGGCUGGAAAUCACAUAGACAGUCUGGAAGCAGAGACGAGUUGGAUGUGGUGAAGGACAGCGUGAGUUUGGGCAAGUCUCCUGAGCCUCUGAUACGCUCCAUCAGAGAGGAGCUGAUGAGACUGUCCUCAGGUUCCCCUAGCAAAGAUGUCUCCUCCUGCUGACCCCAGCCUCACCUCUGGCCCCUGACCUCAAUGUGAUGACACUUGUUUGUGAGCUAGGGGCAGACUACAGAUCUGACAUAACAUGGUGCUGAGUAUAACACCUAUAUUAAUACAGUUAGACAUUUGACAUUUAUCUGUUCUUUUUGCAAAGAUCUGAUUGUGUGCCUUUGUUUUUGUAAGGCAUGGUAUUUUUUUGUGAUAGUUUAUAUCUUUCAUGUAUCUUUAUUUUUACGUUUUUUAAAAUUUAUAAGUUGUCACAUUUGUGUAGUGGAAGAGGUCAGCAAUAUGUGUUGGACUUAAAUGACUAGUAUAGCUAAUAGUCUGUUGUAGGGUUUGUUUGUCACACCCGAAUGUGAUUUGAUCAUCUCUCAGAUUUUGAGGAGCCUGUGUUGUUAAGUUGUAUGUAUUCAGGUGUGUAUUUAGCAGAUGAUUAACACAACUGUAUAUCUAUACGCAAGUUAUUAACACCUGCUGUGUUCUUAUUAAAAGACUUUUGAGUUUUGUAUUACAUGUAUGUUUUUUUUUUUUUUUUACACCAUGGUGCAAAUGAGACACUGUGCUAUUUUCAGAAAUAUGCUUAAGUGAUGAAUUUGGCAAGAAAGAGUUAUUGCCCUUGUGUUGACCUGUCACAUUCUUUAAGAUUGUUGACAAAAGUUAUGUUUUUUUUUAUGUGUAUUAUAUGCUUAAAAGUUUAAUGAAAUGAUUUUAAUUUGCAUAUCAGCACUAUGCCUUUUUGUCCAUAGUGCUGCCGUUAAAGAUACAUUUUCCUAUUUCUUGUUUUACUCGGAAAGUUUGAUCCAGUCCAUCCAUUUAACGGGCAGUUCAGAGGUCCAAAGUAAAUAUACACACACAUUGCCCUGAAAAUGCCAUAUUUUUCUUUUACAUAUUAAUGUCAUGUAUUUUGUAUAAGAGUGUUUAAUGGUUGAUAUUACAAUGUUAUUUGAUACAUAUUCCCUCCAGAAUUCUGGCAAAGAAUGGAGCCAGGUUGGAUUGUACUUAACACAAGGAUACAAAAUCCACACUGAUUGGCUGCUGUGCAAAAUAUGCCUAGGCUAAGCUGAAUUUUAGGUAGUGUCACAAUAUUAUAAAUUUGGUUUGGAGAGGUGAGGGUUUAAACCCAGCCUUGGACAUGAAAUUUGUAGCGUCAUGCGGCUCUCACUGCUUGUGGGGCCUUAGUGACAAUACAAGGUUCACAAACGUGUUGCCGUUUUGCUCAGUCUAACUUUCCGUCAAAAACCACUUGACUUCCACCACUAUAAUGUACAAAUGCGUAUACUUUUGAAUUCUUGUCAGUAACUUGCCAAAGGUGGGUGGUUUACAUUGAGCACUCCAGUUUCUGUUUCCCAAUAAAAAUAUUUAAACUGCCAACUUGUAUUAAAAUGAAAAAUUUUUGAGUAUGCCAUUAAGCAACAGUUACAUGUAAAUAAAUUAAUUUGGUUCGCAUUCAAGUGUUGAUGAUUUAGCCCAGAAUAUCCUGUCUUCAUUGUCAGCCAAUCAGGGUGGAUUCAUUCCCUUUAAACUCAUAUCCCGAGCCACUUCAUGCUAACAGCACCUAAUGCUGUUAUAGUCUAUGCAUAUGGAAAUGUGAUAAAAGCUGGCAAACCACAGUGUCUGUACUUAAUGUUGUACACAUGUUGAUAGAUACUGUUAUCUAUGGAUAUAAAGUUUUUGAAACACUACACAAUUUUAAGUGAUUGUUGCAGGUUUUAUUUAUUCUCUUCAUCCUAGUCGGUGUUAUCACAUUUUAGUUUAGAAUCUUUUCUGUUGUUGUGUAUUAGAAAGUGUUAUUUUCUGUAGAUAGUGCCUUACGGCUGAUUCUUGUCAGCAACAUACAUGUACACUGUAUGCAGAACUUCCAAGGACGAUCUCAGUUCAGUGCUUGGAGUUGAUUCAAUGGAGCCAUUGUUUUUGUUUUUUACAUUGAAGUCAAAAUUUUAAAUAUCAUUAUAAUACUGAAUUUAUGGUCUCAGAAAGUUAAAUUUCUGUGUACAUCUAUGAUGUCUUUGUCUUCAUAUAGCACUUUUCAAAAUUUAUCUCUUACUGUCCAAAAACAAAAUGUUUAAAUUAUGUUUGAAAUUUUUUACUUAUUUGCACACUGGCUUUGUUGAAUAAGCUGUGUACUGUAACUUAGCCUUUUGCUGACAUGAACAGAAAUCACUACACAGUGUUUGUAAAUGGCACAGAUGGUCACACAACCAAAACUGUCAGCAAAUUUCCAUAUCAGAAACAUUUUACAUGAAAUAAAAUCAUAUUACAAUACUUUAUU